CAGUAUGUAUCUUAUAGACCAGGGGAGGGCAAUUGUGGCCCUCCAGCUGUUGUAGAACUACAAGUCCCAUGAGGCAUUGCAAAACUGACAGUUACAAGCAUUACUCCAAAAGGCAGAGGCAUGAUGGGACUUGUAGUUCACCAACAGCUGGAGGGUCACAGUUGCCCACCCCCUGCUAUAGACCAUUGUCAUCACAAAAAAAAUUUACAUUAGGUCACCUUGGUCCAAUGUAAGCAUGUGUAGCGCUACCCCAUUAAGGACCACUGGAUUUUGCUAAGCCAUGGGUGCCCAACCUGUGACCCUCCAGCUGUUACAGAACUGUCAUGCCCCAUCAUGCCUUAGCCUUUGGGAGUC